CAGGCAUUCCGCCAUUUGUUCUUAUACAGUAAUCUACAAAUUACCUGGUUUUACUUAUGCGAACAAAAUGCGAUACCGAUAAGGUUGCACAAGAAUUAAGUACUCGCGUUAUCGCCCAAAGCGCAAGUACGCGCGCACUGCUCAUUAAGUCCUGCGGACUCAUUAAGAUUCGUGACAGUGUCUACUUAUUUACGCUAAUAUUCCAGCUGUAAUAUACAGAUUCAACGCACGUAAUUUUAUGUCAUAAUUCCGUGGAAAAACUUGCAUUUCUACGCAUCAACGUGGCGCUGUUACGCUUCGGUUUAUCAGCUCGCUAUCUAUCGAAAAAUUCUUAAUCAUCUCGAAUGAUGUGAACCUAUCGCAUAUUUGUAAUUUCUCUAGUCAUGAGUUUCUAUUAGCAAUUUAGUUGAUCAUGACACGUAACAAAUAGUAAUAUGAUAUGUAUAUAUGUAAAUUAGUUGUAUGUGUUAUACAUCAUGAAUUGAAGGCCAGAUUAAUCUUUGCUAAGAAGUUUAAAAAUAGUGACUUCCACAUUAUUCAUUGAAUACACAUAUUUGAAUAUAACUGGAAUAAUGUUGAACAGUAUAACAAAACACAUUUUACACUGCUGUCUGCUGCUCAUAGUCAUACUAAUAUUUGAAUUUGUAUCCGGUGGACUUCGGUGGAAUACAGAUGAGAAAGAAGAAAUUGAUCCAUGGAUGCGAUAUGGCUUUUUCAGUACAAUCACUUUGUACCUGUUACGUACAGUCACAUUUCUCUCCUUGCCUCAAGUUUUAUUCAAUUUUAUAGGAUUAACAAUAUAUAAUGCAUUCCCGGAUAAAGUAGUAUUGAAAGGUUCACCUCUGCUUGCACCUUUUGUUUGUAUAAGAAUAGUGACUCGCGGGGAUUAUCCACAAUUAGUGAAAGCAAAUGUGAAGAGAAACUUAGAUAAAUGCAUAGAAGCUGGUCUUGAGAACUUCCAAAUAGAAGUAGUGAGUGAUAAACCGAUAGGUUUAACACCGCACCGCAGAGUGCGAGAAGUUGUUGUUCCUUUAAAUUAUCGCACAAGUAGUGGUGCCUUAUUUAAGGCUCGUGCUCUGCAAUACUGUCUGGAGAGUUCAGUAAACGAAUUAGCUGAUCAUGAUUGGAUUGUCCAUCUCGAUGAAGAAACUUUGAUGACUGAGAAUUCUGUUCGUGGAAUAUUGAAUUUUGUAUUGGAUGGCAAACAUCAGUUUGGCCAAGGAUUAAUCACAUAUGCAAAUGAAGAUGUGGUCAACUGGAUUACAACAUUAGCUGAUAGCUUCAGAGUAGCUGACGAUAUGGGAAAGCUAAGAUUACAAUUUACUAUGUUUCACAAGCCAUUUUUUAGUAUGAAAGGAUCUUAUGUUGUCACACAGAUGGGAGCGGAAAAGCAGGUUUCUUUUAAUAAUGGAUUGGAUGGAUCCGUUGCAGAAGAUUGUUUUUUUGCAAUGAAGGCAUUUUCUCAAGGAUACACGUUCAACUUUGUAGAAGGUGAAAUGUGGGAAAAAUCGCCGUUUACUCUAUGGGAUUUUGUACAGCAGAGGAAAAGAUGGUUGCAAGGAAUUUUACUUGUCGUGCAUUCCAAAGCGAUUCCAUUAAGGAAAAAAUUGUUGCUGGGUAUUUCGUGUUACUCAUGGGUGACGAUGCCUCUCUCUACUUCCAAUAUCGUAUUAGCCGGUCUGUGUCCGAUUAAUUGUCCGCCACUGAUUGAUUUUUUAUGCGCAUUCAUUGGUGCAGUAAAUAUUUACAUGUAUGUGUUCGGAGUAGUUAAAUCGUUUUCUCUAUAUCGUUUUGGUGUGGCCCGAUUUAUGUUGUGUAUAUGCGGCGCAUUGUCAACUAUUCCGUUCAAUAUAAUCAUCGAGAAUGUUGCUGUGAUAUGGGGCUUGUUUGGUAAAAAACAUAAAUUUUAUGUUGUUAAUAAGGAAUACAGACCGCCAGUGACUGUAUGAUGCGGCAUCAAUUUAGAAUCUUUAUUUAACUGGUGCAUAUUUAGCAGCAGUGUAAAGUUUCCAUUGUGCAUGCACAUAAUUAGUACCUGUAAAUUUAUGUAGUAAAAUAUUACUGUCACAAACGAAAUAUUUAUAACUAGUAUUAUAUUGAAUUAUGAAAUUUAUAAGAUUGAUCGAUUUUUAAACAGGCAAAAAGCAUAAUAUAGAGCAAUAGGUAGGUGCAGUAUUAAAAAUAUUCGACGUUAGUAUUAAAGCAUUGCCAAAUCUGUUAAAAGAUAUUCACUUGUCAAAAAUAUAUUUAUGUCAAUAUCUUAUUCUUAUAACGCAAGUCAUGUCAUAUGUACUUUGAUCUCAUGCAAAUGUGUUUAGCAUUCAUUAAGUUAUGUGUAUCAUUCUAUAUGUUCCUCAUCUCAUUAAAUUUAUAUAUAUAUAUAUAUCUUAUAAUAUAAUUUUUUGUUAUAUCCAGCAAAUCUUGUCGUGUGUUCAGGAACAUCUCAUUUUUGUCAUAUCUUUUAUCAAUAGUUUUUCUUAAUUAAUGCCUUAUGAAGUGUUAUGCAUAUUGAUAACAAUUUCAUAUUUCUCCAGUGUCUAGAUUAUUUUACUUAAUAGCAAUAACUCAUUUGUAUACAUCAUUAAUUCGGACAACUGUGAUAAAUCUUGCUUUCCUAUACAUAUAAUGAUAACUUUUUUAUAUUUUUUAGAAAGAUAUAAAAAACUUUUCAAACCAAAUGCAGCAACUUAAAAAUGACAACAUGGGCCAAAAAAUAUUUCAUCUUCUUAAAAUCAGAAUAUACGUGUGUAGUUUUGUA